AUGUCACGACACCGCGUGAAGGAUGUUGGCUACGACGACGAAGACUACUAUUCCGAUGAUGGGUACGCAUCACCUGAUCCCGAAGAACAGGAAUUCUUGCAGCAGUGUACUACAGCUGUUUUGCAACAGCUUAGUGCGGGGCAACCCUCGGUGACUGCUACGAAAGAGGAGGUUCAAGAAGCAUUGUGGCAUUACUACAACGAUAUCGAAAAAUCGACCAAUUACUUGCGAGGCAAGAAGCAGAAGGAGGUUACAAAGCAAAAGCCGAAGGCUCAAGCAGUACCAGCGUUCCCUGCUCCACCUUCCACAGCAGCACAUUUCUCGGCUGCUGAUUUCUUCCGCGACUGUCCCUGGCUCAAUGUCCCCGCUCACCGAAAGGCGGAAAUUCUCAUUGAGCCUCUAUAUCCUCGUCUUGGUCUUCUUGGAGGUGCACCCGAGGGUGGCGGAAAGCUCUCGAAGCUGGCGGCUUUAGCUGCAGCUCGGAAGAAGAAAGAGAGUGGCACGCCUGAGGCCUCAAACCCUCCGACUCCCCAAUCCGGACGGUCUGAGGCAGCGUCAGCUGACCCCCGAGGAACACCGCAGUCCCUCCGCGAGAGACUUGCAGCCAGUGGAAGGUCAACACCAAAGCCCUCCGAAGACUCUGGAUCUUCUGGCCGUCCAGCCAAACCGGCUCCAGCCCCGUCCCCUCCAUCAACCCAAAAGGCACCCAACUCCGAAGCCAGGAAACCCUUUGUGCCUGAAGUAUCGACACCAACCUCGCCAUCUGCCAAUGAGCCCCAAGAAGCAGAUUGCCAGCAGCCAGUGCCGAGUAUUCGUGCCUCGCCCUCCACAUUUGCUAGUGCGAUUGUUGGCACUUCUGGGCCUACAAUCGCCGAGCCCAGCCAUUUACACUCAAGUGGAACAGAUAUUUUGAAGAUAUAUGGACAGGAUAACGCUGAACCCUUUGACUUUGCAGCACCAAGCCCCGACGAUGUCGUUCUCAAUGCACAGAACACAGCGAAAGGGCUCAAGUCGAAAUCAGCUGCAUCAAAGUCAGCUACUGACAAGAAAGGUCAAUCUGAUGUGGCCAGUGGAAUGAAAGACCUUUCAGUCGAAGAUAAAGUAACGGUCAAAAGCAAGAACCUUGAUGUUCUUGCAGAGUACAAGAAGUCGACGCGCAAGAAGUCCGCGAACUUUGUGGUUAUUGGACAUGUGGAUGCCGGAAAGAGUACUCUGAUGGGACGGUUGUUGGCGGAUCAAGGUGCCAUCGACCAACGAACGCUAGAAAAGUACCGGCGUGAUGCGGAUAAGAUCGGGAAAGGAUCCUUCGCUUUGGCUUGGGUCCUGGACCAAGGGACAGAGGAGAGAGAGCGAGGUGUCACGAUAGACAUCGCUACGAAUCAGUUUGAGACUGAAAAGACUGCCUUUACUAUUGUCGAUGCGCCAGGCCACCGUGACUUUGUUCCAAACAUGAUCGCGGGUGCCAGUCAGGCAGACUUUGCCGUCCUGGUCAUCGACUCUAGUGUGGGCAAAUUUGAGUCAGGGUUGAAGGGGCAAACCAAGGAACAUGCUCUGCUGGUGCGCAGUAUGGGUGUCCAGAAGGUCGUUGUGGCUGUGAACAAGAUGGACGCAGUGCAGUGGGAUCAUGAACGUUUUGAGGAGAUUGAACAACAGAUUUCCUCUUUCCUGACGACUGCCGGCUUCCAAGAGAGCAAUAUCACUUUUGUGCCAUGCUCUGGAGUCCUGGGAGACAACAUCUCUCGGCGUAGUGAAGAUCCCCACGCCUCUUGGUACACCGGCCGCACUCUGAUUGAAGAGCUGGAGACAUCAGAGCCAUAUACUCAUGCGCUCGAGAAACCCUUGCGCAUGACGAUUGGUGAUGUCUUCCGCGGCGGCGUCCAGAACCCACUCUCAAUCUCUGGUCGUCUCGAUGCGGGCAGUGUACAAGUUGGUGAUCAAAUCCUCACCAUGCCCAGUGGCGAAACAGCACUGGUUCGCAACAUCGAAGUCGACAACCAGCCAAGUGAUUGGGCGGUUGCAGGCCAAAACGUGGUCCUCCACAUCGCCAACAUCGACCCGAUCCAUCUUCGCUCUGGCGACGUUGUCUGCCGCCCCUCGUCUCCUAUCCCCACUAUCACCACCUUCACCACCAAGGUCUUGGCAUUUGAACACCUCAUGCCCAUGCAGGUGGAUGUGCACCGUGGACGUCUUCAUGUUCCCGGUCGUAUCAGCAAGCUGGUAGCUUCUCUCGACAAGGCCACCGGAGAGGCCCUGAAGAAGCGACCCAAAAUCGUUGGUCCGGGUACAGUGGCGCGCAUUGUGGUCGAAAUGGAUCAAGCCGUGCCUCUGGAAGCGCCGACGAGAAUUGUUUUGCGUGCGGGAGGCUCAACCGUGGCUGCCGGCUUACUGGAGUGA